AGAGGCAUCUGUGCUACAAGAAUGCAACAUCGUGUCUGAACCCGCACUGUGAACCCUCGAGUCUUCAAGUCAUGGGCUGGACUCCUCUGCAUACAGCAGCUAGAGAUGGAGAUGCCAAGCGCCUCAAGAGAUGCAUAGAACAGAUCAAGUGGCUCGACCCCGUUGAUAUCAACGCCCAGAGCUCGCAAGGACACACUCCUCUCCACAUGUGCGCGGCCAAUGGUCACGUGGAGGUCAUGCAGUACAUCCUCGCUCAGAAGGAUUGCGAUAAGAACGCUCAGACGAAGUUAGGGAACACUGCCCUGCAUCUCGCUGCACUGAACUCGCGGGAGCCUGCGUGCAAGAUGCUUGUCAGCCAUGGAGCUGAUGCCAAAAGGAAGAACCAAGCCGGACAGACAGCAGCUGACCUCUGUCCUGCUGAGAACAAGACGUUGCGGCAGUUUCUCGUCGAGCAGAGCACUGCUGAGAAGCCAGAGGAUAUGGAGGAGGACGAGGAGGGGGAGGUUUAAGGGUCUUUAACUGCCAUUUCCCUCUCGUUCACAGCGUUGUCUUCUUGUUCUUCUCCCCCUUGGAGCACUUGAUGAUCAUCUGCCAAGCCAUCAGCUUGACUUGACUCGCUCUCACGGUUGACCUGCUCGAAGAAUGCAGCAUCGCACGCCUUGGAAAGGAACCUGAGAUGAGGAUGUGAUGAGGAAGAGGUGAAUGGAGAUGAGGUAGGGAAUUUUACGGAUGAUCGAGCGCUUCGGCGCUGGACAUGCGAUGUUUGACGUCCACCUGGAGAGAAGUUACACAAGACAAGGGAGGAGAAGCGAAGUUUGUACUUGCAGACAAGCCUUGUCGAAGCUGAAUACACUCUCGUCAGCUCC